AUGUCUCAGUCGGAGGUCAACGGGGUGUCCGUCCGAGGGAAGGUGCUCACUUUGGACACCAUGAACCCCAACGUAAAGCGGGUGGAAUACGCGGUUCGGGGGGCUAUCGUGCAACGGGCGGUGAAGCUCGAGAAGGAGCUCAAAGAGGGUGCCAAAAAACCUUUCACCGAAGUGAUCAAGGCCAAUAUAGGUGACGCGCAUGCCAUGGGCCAGAAGCCGAUUACGUUUCUCAGACAGGUUCUGGCUUUGUGUGCUUAUCCUGAACUCCUAAAGGACCCCACAUUUCCCGAGGACGCCAAGCAACGAGCACAGCGGAUUCUCCAAGGCUGCGGAGGCCACAGUAUAGGUGCCUACAGCGCUAGCCAGGGCAUUGAGUGUAUCCGUCAGGAUGUGGCGCGCUACAUCGAGAAGAGAGAUGGCGGGAUCCCGUCCAAUCCGGACAACAUCUUCCUGUCUACUGGGGCCAGCGAUGCCAUCGUGACCAUGCUUAAAUUGAUGGUAAGCGGCGAGGGUCGUACCCGCACGGGAGUGAUGAUCUCCAUCCCCCAGUAUCCUCUGUACUCGGCCGCCAUCGCCGAUCUGGGCGCCGUGCAGGUGAGUUACUACCUGGAUGAGGACAAGUGUUGGAGCCUGGAUGUCGCCGAGCUGCGCAGAUCACUCCGCGCGGCGAGGGAGCACUGCGAUCCCCGUGUGCUCUGCAUCAUCAACCCUGGAAAUCCCACAGGUCAAGUCCAGAGCAGGCAGUGCAUCGAAGAUGUGAUCCGCUUUGCAAAAGAGGAGCGUCUCUUCCUGAUGGCCGAUGAAGUCUACCAAGACAACGUGUACGCAAAAGGUUGCCAGUUUCACUCGUUUAAAAAAGUGCUGUUUGAAAUGGGACCGGAAUACUCAAGUACAGUAGAGUUGGCCUCAUUCCACUCUACCUCCAAAUGCUACAUGGGAGAGUGUGGAUUCCGUGGAGGAUAUAUGGAGGUCAUUAACAUGGACCCAGCGGUGAAAGUCCAACUUCUCAAGCUGGUUUCAGUGCGCUUAUGUCCCCCGGUCCCCGGGCAGGCUCUCCUCGACUUGGUGGUGAAUCCCCCUCAGCCUGAUGAGCCGUCCUACACAACGUUUAUGAAGGAGCGGACGGCAGUGUUGGACGCCUUGGCGGAGAAGGCCAGGCUGACCGAACAGAUGUUCAACACGGUACCCGGCAUCACGUGCAACCCCGUGCAGGGCGCCAUGUACACGUUCCCUCGAAUCGCUCUACCUCAGAAGGCCAUCGAGCAGGCUAAGGAGGCAGGCUUAGUCCCUGACAUGUAUUAUUGUAUGAGGCUGCUGGAAGAAGAGGGCAUCUGCCUCGUGCCAGGCAGCGGCUUCGGGCAGAGGGAAGGAACUUUCCAUUUCAGGAUGACCAUCUUACCACCGACUGACAAGUUGAAGAUUGUGCUGCAAAAGAUCAGCGCCUUUCAUCAGCGCUUCAUUAAAGAGUUUUCUUAA